AUGAUCUAUCGCAAAGCUCCGGAGGCUUCACUUGAAAAUCGUGAUUACGAGAAUUUGGAUGAUGCACCAGAUGGAUGGAAUGACGGACUGUUGUCGCGCAUGUUUAGUCUCGCAAUCUCAAGCGCAGAAAAUACACAAUAUGCGAUUGAAACAGAAGAAGUUCCGAGUGAAGAUUGUUUGCCAGAAAAGCGCAAUCCUUAUUUUCUGCCAAGAAAAGUUUCCGGGAGCGAUUUUGUUCAUGGAGAAUGGACCGAAGUUGUGGCCUCCGAGAGAGAUACGCAAAAGUGGGAAGGGGAGCCACUCGACCUCUUCGAAUUGAGAAAAGAAUUGAACAAUAUAUCUUUCCACGAUGAAAAUAACAACGAGCAUUCCUCCAAUAGUGGAAGCAAAAUGGGACGCGUCAAGUUGAGCAGGGAAGAACGCUUUGUUCAGAAGUAUCUAAAAAAGCAUGGAAAACAAAAAGUGCUGAAAAUUUUUAAGAAAGAGUUAAAAGAAAAGUACGAAAAAGAUCACCGUGAAUCCUCGAAGCGAAGCUUCGAAAUUCAAAAAGCUCCAGCUAGAAAGAGAUCCAAUGGCGAGAAGAGAAAGAAAGCUCAGGAUGAGCAAGCGAAGAAAGAAGCACACACUUCAAAUACUACAAACGAGAGAAAACCUGUCAAGCUCAGCUUUGCAAUAUUGAAGGCUCCCGAAAGAAAGAAGAUUGACAUCGAGCCAGUGAAAGAAAAUAAAAAUUUCCGAGAAAUUAAAGAAACGGACUACGAACCUAAAACUGUCAACAUUCCCGAAGACUUCAAGAAGAUUUCCAAACGAUUCGGAUUGCCUGAAGAGCAUCUUGACUUUUUCUACGAGCACAGAGCAUCGUUCAACUGGGAAUUUAAAGAUAAAACCAACAUAAAUUGCAUCGAACAAAACUGUCAAUUUACUACUAAAAUAGCCGAUAAAUGUCUUUAUGAGCAUAUGAUAUCUGUUCACGACUACACUGAAAUUCCAUGUGGCCACGUUGACUGUUCAUAUAUCGCAUAUUCCCGAAAGAAUCUUAAUCAUCACAAGGCAAAGUUUCAUGGUCAUGGGAAAAAGCCAACUGCAUAUGGAAUUCAUUCAUGUCCAUAUCCCUCAUUUAAAAAUAAAUUCAGAAUGGUUGCAGAAAGAAAAAAAUACGAAUUCGUCGCCGCAUACUUAGAAAAGCACAAUUAUCGGGAAACUCUUGCUAUUUUCAAGAAACCAAUAUUAAGCUUCGAAAUUGUCAAACCGCCGAAGAAACAGGUCGUUGAAACCCCUGUUAAUGGCAAAGUCAAAAGGUCGAAAAAAGAAAAAGUACCAGAAGAAUUCAAAAAACUCGCAAAAAGAGCUGGGAUAGAUCCAGACCUCUACGAGUUCUUCUACAAAAGACGAAACUACUUCACCUGGUCUUUGUUCAAGCCAAUGGUUCAUUGCACGGAGAAAAACUGCAAUUUCAAGACGGAAUAUGCCGCAGGAUGUCUAGUGAGUCAUAUGAUCGAAGAACAUGGAUUUGAAGACGUACCGUGCCAGAAAAGUAACUGCAAAUUUAUUGCUUAUUCAAAGAAAACUUUGGCAUUUCAUAUGAGCAGAUUUCACAAUUUUAGAACGAGAAAAUCUUCAGAAAGAUCAACUCAAAAGUCCUGUCGUUAUCCCAAUUGCGGUACCACUCUCGCUGAUAGCGUUGCUCUCCGCUUUCACUACAAAGUGCACGAAAACGACCUCCAAAAAUGCUACCUCUGCGGCUACCGCGCCAUCUCUCUUAGUUUCAAAGAACACAUGGCCCUGCACUUUGACCUGCGCAACUUGAAAUGUUUUUACUGCGAUCAAAAGUUCGUUUCUGUCAGUCACAAGAACAAGCAUGAGAAAGUGAGCCACAUCAAAUGCUUCAAAUGUGAAAUUUGCAACGAAGAGUUUUCUUCUGUUUUCAAAUAUUAUCGACAUAGAAACUCUUGCGAAAAGAAAUAA